AUGGAGCGCCGAAAUAUCCCUGCAUUACUGAUUAUUGGCGUUACAACGAGUGGAUUUGUGGGACUUAUUCUCUCGUCUUGUGGCAUUGCUUGCUGCGUCUUAAUUUGCCGUAAAGAAAAAACGAAUCCUAGCUUAUCCCGAAACAUUAAAAUGAAUCAAAGAGUUCGUCAAGCCUCCGUCAAAACUCGCAUUAUUGGUCCACUGCGAGACUCUUGUUUGGAAGAAGCACAUCUGUACGAAACAAUGAGUGAAAAUCCAUAUAUUUACAACAUGUUCACUAUCAACGGUCCGAACAGCGCGCGACUAUCGGCUCUAUCACAUUCACAACCGAUAGUAGAUCCAUCGACUCUCGCGUACAUUCCGCCAUGGGAUGUUGAAACGGAGGAGAGAGAAAUUUUGGUUUAA